AUGGCCUCCGCUUCAGGCUCUCGUUCGCUCGUCCCUCCAGAUCUUCUAGCUGUCCACGCUUCGUUCCAAAGAUAUAGUCAGGAUGUCACCAACCAUCAAAUCCCUCGAUUGCAGACAUGCAAAUGUGCCUCGCUCUUAACAGACUACGAAGCUGAGCUCAUCUCUUCUAUCGAUGGUCUCAAGCGUCAAGUCAAUGAUCUAAAGCUUGCUGUUGACGAAGCCGAAUCAGAAGCUGAACGUCGAGAGAUCGCCUCGCUGGUCCUCCAAGUGAAUCAGCAGCUCGAAGAGAUCCGCCAAUCCGUCCGCAGAGCUCUCCUCGCAGCCCGACGAUCCAUUGAAAACGUACGCACAGCCGAAGCUCGUGCCGGCCUCCAACUCGCCGCUGACUCGGCCAAAGAACGGACCGGCGGCCGUGGAGGAGGCUCCUCUUCAGAAGACAAACUCAUGACCGCCUCUCAAGACGUAACCGACGCUCUCCGUCGCACUGUCUCUCUCAUGUCAUCUGAACUCGAAAAGUCAGCUAUGUCAUCUCAACUACUCGAAGAAUCGUCACAAACCAUCUCCUCGCUCUCAUUCCAGUACGGAUCAUUGACAACACUCAUGACGAACUCUGCAAAGAUGAUCAAGACGAUGGAAAGGGAGGAUUUGAUCGGGAAAGGAGUGGUUGCGGCCUCAUUUUUGUUCUUCUUGGCCUGUGUAGGAUACAUUGUCUAUGUGAGGUUGAUCAGUAAAGGUAUAGGAUUGGUGGGAUUCUUCUUUAGGUUAUUCGGCUUGAAUAAGUUAUUGCCUGGGUCAGCAAGUCGAGGGGAGGCCGAUUUAAGGGAGAAAGCAGAGUUGUUGAAGGAUAUGGGGAAGGCAGUAACGAGUAGUGAGACAGGCAAGUUGGUGGCGGCGGCGCUGACGACGGCGGUUGCCUCUGCUGUUUCGUCUGCUGCGGCGAAGAAGGCGGUGAAGGAGAAAGUGGUCGAUCUACAGGAUGAUCUGGGAGAGCUGGUGGAGACGGUCAUGCCUGAGGAUCCGGCUAAAGGACACAGAGAUCUACCGAAAACGAAGGCAAACACACUUCCUGUCGAGCACGUUGAGCUAUGA